AUGUCUUCACUUGCAUACAGAACAUUAAGAAGCGGAUUGGGCUUAAAGGGUUCCGUCAGAACUUUGUCCUCUACCAGCAGCUCGUUAUCCAACUACCAACACCCAGAUUUCAGUAGCUACUUGAACAACAGAACUACCGAGAAGACCAGAAACAUUUCCUACUUCAUGGUUGGUUCAUUGGGUUUACUUUCUGCAGCUGGUGCCAAGUCCACCGUUGAAUCUUUCUUAUCCUCGAUGUCUGCCUCCGCUGAUGUCUUGGCUAUGGCCAAGGUUGAAGUCAAGUUGGGUGCUAUCCCAGAAGGUAAGAACGUUCUUGUCAAAUGGCAAGGUAAGCCAGUUUUCAUCAGACACAGAACUCCUGAUGAAAUCGAUGAAGCCAACGAUGUUGAUAUUUCCACCUUAAGAGACCCACAGAACGAUGCUGACCGUGUACUCAAGCCAGAAUGGUUGGUCAUGGUUGGUAUCUGUACCCAUUUGGGUUGUGUGCCAAUUGGUGAAGCCGGUGAUUUCGGUGGUUGGUUCUGUCCUUGUCACGGUUCCCAUUACGAUAUCUCUGGUAGAAUCAGAAGAGGUCCAGCUCCAUUAAACUUGGAAAUUCCAGCUUACGACUUCACCGAUGAUGAAACCUUAUUGGUUGGUUAA